AUGGCUCCAAGGUCGGAUUUUUCUGACUGGUGGGUAAAGGAUUCGCGGAAAGGCACCCCAGUGGUGGUGACGAUGGAGAAUCCUAACUAUUCGGUGCUCCAGAUCGAUGGCCCCGAUGAUGAACAAGAAUCAUUCCGAUCCAUGGACAAGGACCGAGGGAAGAACGCCAAGCAGUUCACCUGGGUGCUGCUCCUCAAGGCUCACCGCGCCGUGGGUUGCGUCGCUUGGGUGGCGGCGGCACUCUGGACUUUGCUUGGCGUCAUCAAGAGAAGGCUGGUCUCGCGGCAAGGAGCGGAGGCGCAGAGCGACAAGCCUCGCAAAGCCAGGCUGCUGUUGAAGCUCUUGAGGAUGUUCUUGGCGUUGUCUCUAAUAGCUUUUACCUUUGAGCUUGUUGCUUACAGAAAUGGAUGGCACUUCCCGAAGCCAAAUUUGCAUCUCCCAGAAAACUUGCACAUGCCAAAGAAGAUCGAGGUUCAAGGAUGGCUGCACUUGGCGUAUCUCUCGUGGCUCUCGUUCCGAGCUGACUACAUCGCCUACCCGAUUCAGAUACUGUCCUACAUCUGCAUAAUUCUGUUCAUCAUACAGUCUGCAGAUAGGAUGAUCUUGUGCCUGGGUUGCUUCUGGAUCAAGUUGAACAAGAUAAAACCAAGGAUAGAUGAGGAUCCAUUCAAGUCAGGUGAUGGUCCCGAGUACCAGUAUCCCAUGGUCCUCGUUCAGAUUCCUAUGUGCAAUGAGAGGGAGGUGUACGAGCAAUCGAUUUCUGCUGUCUGCCAAAUCGACUGGCCUAAAGACCGAUUGCUGGUUCAAGUGCUGGAUGAUUCCGAUGACGAAUCCAUCCAGUUCUUGAUCAGAGCAGAGGUUUCCAAGUGGAGUCAGCGAGGCGUAAACAUCGUCUAUCGGCACCGAAUGGUUAGGACUGGUUACAAAGCUGGGAAUCUGAAAUCAGCAAUGAGCUGCCACUAUGUCCGGAACUACGAGUUCGUCGCGAUAUUCGAUGCAGACUUCCAACCAGACCCUGAUUUCCUCAAGCUCACCAUCCCACAUUUUAAGGGAAAUCCUGAGCUCGGAUUAGUCCAGGCACGGUGGAGCUUCGUGAACAGGGAUGAGAACCUGUUGACUCGUCUCCAGUACAUCAACCUCUGCUUCCAUUUCGAGGUGGAGCAGCAGGUGAAUGGAGUCUUCUGCAACUUCUUCGGGUUUAAUGGGACUGCGGGCGUUUGGAGGAUCAAAGCAUUGGAGGAGUCCGGAGGUUGGCUCGAGAGGACAACCGUAGAGGACAUGGACAUUGCUGUUCGUGCCCACCUCAAGGGUUGGAAGUUCAUGUUCUUGAACGAUGUCAAGGUCCUGUGUGAAAUCCCAGAAUCCUACGAGGCUUACCGGAAGCAGCAGCACCGAUGGCAUUCCGGCCCGAUGCAGCUCUUUCGUCUAUGCCUUCCGGACAUCAUCGCUUCAAAGAUAUCUAUAUGGAAGAAAGCAAAUUUGAUCCUGUUGUUCUUCCUGCUGAGGAAGCUGAUCCUUCCAUUCUAUUCUUUCACAUUGUUCUGCGUAAUUCUCCCCUUCUCCAUGUUCGUCCCCGAGGCUGAGCUACCCGUUUGGGUAAUCUGCUACGUGCCUGUCCUCAUGUCCAUCCUCAAUAUCCUCCCUGCCCUGAGAUCUUUCCCUUUCAUUGUGCCUUACCUUCUCUUCGAGAACACAAUGUCCGUCACGAAGUUCAAUGCCAUGGUCUCGGGCCUGUGCCAGCUGGGGAGUUCGUAUGAGUGGGUGGUCACCAAGAAAACAGGCAGGUCAUCGGAGUCGGACUUGUUGGAGGCAGCGGAGAGGGAGUCGAAGAGCUUCGCUCUUCCGACGCUCUACAGAGGAGCAUCAGAGGGCGGACUCGGUGAGCUGAACAGAUUGAAGGAACAAGAACAGAGAGCUGCUGCUACCCCUGCUGUCAAGAAGACGAACAAGAUCUACAAGAAGGAGUUAGCUCUUGCGCUCCUCCUCCUGGUGGCCGCAGCUCGCAGCCUGUUGUCUGCUCAGGGAAUUCACUUCUACUUCCUUCUCUUCCAAGGUGUGUCGUUCCUUCUCGUGGGGCUCGAUCUCAUCGGGGAGCAGAUCAACUGAGAAGGUGAAGAAUGGUUGUGGUCAACCAUACAGAAGAGAAACACGAAGGCAUGCAAACUAUUAUACCAUAUGCAAGUAUCAGUCAAGAGAUUCCAAUCUAAAUACUAGUUCGUCAUCUUUGACACACUACACUGCAAAUUGCCGUCUCACAUUGGAGCAAUAAGACCAUAUAUAAGAUUCUUGUCGACCUCGUCAUCUCAGAUCUUUCUGCUACAUUCUUUUUUCUCAAUCAAUAUGUAACUUCUGUAAGGCCAUUUGUACUUGAUGACUGAAAAUUUUGGCUCCUGCAGUUCUUUUCAAAUGCUGACAGAGUUUGAAUGUUUUCAGAUCAUGUAAUUCUGAUGUGUAUAUUUGAGUUCAUUCAGUUUAUUCUACAGCCAAAGACAGAGUCACUUCUCAGUUGCCUUCA